GGGUAUAACCUCGCAUACAUCCUCCCGUCUUUUGCGCAAAGUGAAAAGUUAUUGCUUGCGCUUGGUGUUUGUCUUUUUUGAGUUUCACUCUCAGCAUAGUAUCCGCAGGAUUGUCUGUGGUAAAUUGCCCUUUCAUAUCGCAGAGAUGACGCGGAACCUCUUUUGGAGGGUGGCUCCCGGCUCGAUGUCAGUUAUUGCGUUCGUCCUCAUUACGACGGUCCUAUUCGGUCAGCACAGCUGGUGGCUGGAUGGCGUCUACUUUCUGGAGGUCGAUGUGUCCAAGAUGUCCAUUCCCCCGAAACUUGGGGAGUCGAGUAUUUUGAACGACAUCUCGACGGUCUCCGGCACGGAUUACACUGGACAGAACUCCACCGCCCAGUCGCUCGGUGUCGCCAGCAGAUACACCGUUGGCUUGCUCACAGCUUGUGGGCGCGGCAAUGGGACCGCCGUGUGCAUGGAGGCGCACGUUGGCUACUAUUUUAACAUUCCGAAAGUCCUCCGUUUCCCGGCCACUUCGUUGCAAGGGAACGUGAACGGCACCUUUUUGGCGGCCACAGAGUCAUACAGAACAGCUAGCGCCUUCAUGUCCAGCGGUCUCAUCGCCUCCAACGUGUUCAACUUUUUGGUAUCCAUCGUAGGAUGGUUUUCGCCCAGAGGAGCGGGCGUCAUGAGCGCUAUUUCGACGUGCUUUGCCAUCUCCGCAACCAUUGCGGCAAUUGUUGUCUUCAACAAAUUUAAUAACGCGAUCAUGGCCACUUAUUCGACGUCUAUCGGCUUGACGAGCAACCUGGGCAUGUCUGCUAUUGUUAUUGCCUGUCUGGCCGCCUUCAUUUCGCUAUUGGCCAGCAUUUUAUACGUCAGUCGUUCGCUCAGGGAGGAUCCGACCCGCCAGCGGCGCCGCAUUAGGAACCGCCCGGUUGCUCGUUCGGCCGAGAAGAAGUCGAUGCCUUUGAUGGAGGGCGGCAACAGCUACAACAUGGAAGGCAUCGAGGUGUACCAUGGUGCGAGCGAUGGUAACGGGCAAAGCCAGCAGAAGAGCGGGUUGAUGGGUUUCGUGGGCAGCAAGCAUAACUAUGUCCAGGUCGAGAAGCAACGUCCCCAGGGCGGAGACGACAUUGCGAACCAGCCAGUGUCUACCCUUGGCUCACCAUAUUUGGGACCGCGGCUUGAUGAGGACUGGGCGGCUCCAGAUGAGUACACGCAAAAGAGGAAACCGGUUCCCAGCCCCCCAAGACUCGACAUUCCCGGCAACAGGCAGACGAGGGAUCAAAAUGCUAGCUAUGAGCCGUAUACUAGCACGACAACGAGAUUUUAAUGGAUGAUUUCGAUUAGCCCUUCGUUCCGGAGAAAGGAGACACGAAGCGACGCAGUUCAGCCAUGGUAUGAUAGGUUUGACGGUUCGGAUUUGAGUUUUAGAUGGCGUCGGAUGGGUAUGCGGGUUUGGAUGUCCUCCUGGUUAGCGCUCAUGAGAUAAUCGGCAUUGCUUGUACGUUUUUGGUAGACCUUUGGAACAUUUGGUCGGCGCAUAUGAUGUACGAUUUCAGUGAAUAAUUACGAGAUCCGAAAUAUGGUGUCCGAUGAGGCGUGACUUGUUGCUUCGAUUACCUGGCGUGUUAAUUUUGUGACUUUUUCUUCUUGCCGCUCAACCUCUCCCUCGUUGUUGACGUAUGGAUGGCUACAUACCGACAAGACGCAGAUUCACAACUUAAAGUC